AAGUAUCCCCCUCCUCAUCCCCUCAACCCCCUGGUAUUAAUAUUUACAGAGAUCGGUGCACAUUUAGUGAAAUGCAGCAUGCCUGCUCCUCCGUGCAUUUUCAAUGAGGCCAGUAGUGAUAUUUGGUUAUAACAGAAGCACCGCCUCCCUCCCAUUGGACAAUGUGUACGUGAGGGCGUGGCAAAGGAAAGAUGAGAGUUGAAAAUCCAUGCCCUUACUGGGAAGACAUGGAGCGCUAUGGACACAGUCUACGCGAGCCUAGUAGGUAUCUCAACCAACGAGAUAAAUAUUUCUCCUGUUAGAGAACGGGCGCUUUGAGAAACUGAGAGGAACAGGGGGAAAAAAAACAAAAAACAAAGGGUCGCCCAGUUGAGGAUGGAGUGUGCAUUUGACGCACAGAACCUGAUCUCCAUUUCUUUAAGGAAAAUCCAAAGCUCCAGGACGCAGAGAGGCGGCAUCAAGCUCCACAAGAACUUGCUGGUAACGUACGUCCUCAGAAACGCCAGGCAGUUUUACAUGAGCAAAAACUCACUGCAGACGCAGAGGACACCUCCAUACGAGGAUGCGGCGGCGGUCCACAGGAGGCAAGAGUACAUCGAGCUGACCGGCAGCUUCACGGAGUUGGCUGAUGACUUCUACUGCAACUUUACAGGCGUGGAGUCGGACACUUGGCACUGCGGAGCGCACCAGUCCAGCGCACAGCCCUCGGAGCUGGCGCACCAAGACGCCUCUGCGUGCGCAAUGGCUUCUCCAAGUGACUCUGAGCUCAUGGUUUCAGAAGCCUGCUGGAGCUGCGCGGACAAAUCUUCCUGGGAGUUACCCAUCCUGAACGCACAAGCCAACCAAAAGACCGUCCUGGACUUGGACACGCAUGUGGUGACAACUGUCACGAACGGAUACUUCCACUCAGACUGUUGCGCGCAGCCAAAACAGCCGCAGGCGGGCGCGCAGUGCUACACCAGAAAGCGAAAGAUGGACACAAGUUAUUAUAUUGUUGACCCGGAGUUUUAUUUGCCGGACUUUGUGCCCGUGCCGUGCAAGAGGAUGAGGAGUGAGGAUGGUGAUGAUGAUGACGGCGAUGAUUUACAAUCGGACUCGGGACAGCUGGACAGCGCGAACAUCUCCAACCUGAUGUCGGUUUUGGGAUCAGGUGGGCUGUCUGAGUUUGUGAGUUGGCAGCAGAUGGACCUUGAGCAGAUAUUCGGCACUCAGACAAUUUGUUUAAAACACACACUGUUGGCAGGCAGUGGUUGGACCAGAGCAAUCGAAGCGUUUUGAUUUAUGUGAUUGUUGUUUUUAUUAUAAUUUUAUUUUCAUUAUAUGAUUUUACUUUGUUGUUUUCAAAUAAAUCUUGACACGACUGCAAUCCUCACUCUCUCUCACAUACACACACACUCUCACUUUGCGCUGUUAUUGAAGAAUUUUGCCGAAGUGUGACUUCAUAUAGAGCAAUCACAUCCAUCUCCAAUGGCUUUUUGCACAUAGACUUUCUUCAUGCCAACUCCUGUCAUUACGGCACUUAUAGAUGAAGUGUAUUUUCUUGUGAUCCCGCUUAGAAUAGAUGAUCAUAGAGUCCGUCUUUGGAUUGUAUUUCCUGAGGAAACUGGUCAGUACUGUUUCUGUGAAAAGAUGUCGGAAGAGCACCAUCAUGUGGCCACUGAUGAUUUGUACAGAAUCAUGCACCAGCUUAACGCAGGAUAUCAUUCUGUAAAUAUAUUAUUUAUAACAAGACCUUUUCUUUUUAUAAAUAAAUAAAGUUAAC